AUGUGCCUGUUAAUAAGAUUAGUAAUUAAAAAGCUUGAUAGGAAUUGGCAAGCAUAGCUCCUCCGCCUUUCCCUCCCCUCCAAGCCAGGCUGGCGUGGAGUCUGAGGCAGGGUUGGCAGAGUACCUGAGGGAGUGAAGGCAGGAAGGCUCUGCUGGAACCUCUGCCUGCAAGAAGGCAAUGGAGAAAUCUCGGCCGCUAUGGGACAAUCCUCUGCAGUUUGUUUUCGCCUGCAUUUCCUAUGCCGUGGGGCUGGGAAAUGUGUGGAGGUUUCCAUACUUAUGUCAGAUGUAUGGUGGAGGUGGUUUUCUGAUCCCAUACCUUAUCAUGCUGAUUGCUGAGGGAAUGCCACUGCUCUACUUGGAGCUGGCUGUGGGGCAGCGUAUGCGUCAGGGCAGCAUCGGCGCCUGGAAAAUAAUAAGCCCCUACCUCUGUGGUGUUGGUGUUGCCAGUGUUGUUGUCUCAUUUUUCCUCUCCAUGUACUACAACGUGAUCAAUGCCUGGGCCUUCUGGUACCUCUUCCACAGCUUCCAGGACCCCUUGCCAUGGGCCACCUGCCCCCUCAACAGCAACCAUACUGGCUAUGAGGAGGAGUGUGAGAAGACGUCGUCCACCCAGUACUUCUGGUACCGGCAGACCCUGAACAUCUCUCCAUCACUGGAGACAAGUGGCAGUGUGCAGUGGGAACAGGCACUCUGCCUGACACUGGCUUGGCUAGUGGUCUACCUCUGCAUCCUCCGCGGCACCGCAUCCACUGGCAAGGUUGUCUAUAUAACAGCCUCUUUGCCAUACUGUGUUCUCAUCAUAUACCUCAUCAGAGGAUUAACACUUCAUGGUGCUGUGAAUGGGCUCAUCUACAUGUUCACACCAAAGCUGGAGCAACUCUCAAACCCCAAGACAUGGAUCAGUGCUGCCACGCAGAUCUUCUUCUCCCUGGGCCUAGGCUUUGGCAGCCUCAUUGCCUUUGCCAGCUACAACGAGUCCAGCAACAACUGUGAGAGGCAUGCAAUCAUUGUCUCGCUGAUCAACAGCACCACCUCCAUAUUUGCCAGCAUCGUCACUUUCUCCAUCUAUGGCUUCAAGGCGACCUUUAACUACGAGAGCUGUAUAAACAAGGUGAUCCUGCUGCUGCUGAAUGCAUUUGACCUGGAAGAAGGCUCUUUAACAGCAGACAACCUCAAUGAGAUGAAAGAGUACCUCAUGGCCACUUACCCGCAGGAAUAUGCCCAGUUAGCACCACAGAUUAAAAACUGCAGUUUAGAAGCUGAGCUGGACACGGCUGUCCAGGGAACAGGACUGGCAUUUAUAGUCUAUUCUGAAGCUAUCAAAAACAUGGAGGUGCCCCAGCUGUACUCUGUGCUCUACUUCUUCAUGCUGCUGAUGCUGGGCAUUGGCAGCAUGCUGGGAAACACUGCUGCUAUCCUCACACCACUGACCGACAGCAGAGUCAUUGCUGCCCGUUUCCCCAAGGAGGUGAUCUCGGGUGUUGUGUGUUUCAUUAACUGUGUGAUUGGCCUAAUCUUCACCAUGGAGGCUGGAAAUUAUUGGUUUGACAUAUUCAAUGACUAUGCAGCCACCCUCUCAUUGCUGCUCAUUGUGCUGGUAGAAACCAUUGCUGUGUGUUACAUCUACGGGAUAAGAAGAUUUGAGAAAGAUCUUUACACCAUGAUUGGACGCAAGCCAAACUGGUAUUGGAAAAUUAUGUGGGCUUUUGUCAGUCCUCUGCUAAUUAUAAGCCUAUUUAUAUUUUACAUCACCGACUACAUCCUUACAGGAACGUUGCAAUACCAAGCAUGGGAUGCCACACAGGGGCAGCUGGUGACAAAGGACUACCCAGGCUAUGCCCUCGCCGUGAUCGGGCUGCUGGUGGCAGCAUCCACCAUGUGCAUACCCCUGGGGGCACUAGUGACUUUUAUAAGGAAGAGACUGAAGAGGGAAAAAGUUUCAACUGUUGCAUGA